AUGGCGCUGCGGGUAAGCGCUGGGGACAGGAGGGGAGAGGGAGAGGAUGACAAUGAAAAUGUGAGAAAGAAGUGGAAGGACUGGGUGGGGCAGUGCAUCUCUGCCACCUUGCCGUGUCCUUCUCCUUGUCUGCAGUUCGAGGCCCUGCACCCAGAGGGAAUCUGUCCGGGAUGGAGCAUCGUGGUCAGGGGUGAGACCAGCUCCAGUUCAAGCAUGUUUGAAAUUAAUUUGCUCUGUGAUCCCGGAGACCAAAUCGCUCUCCACUUUAACCCUCGCUUCUCCAGCUCCAGGAUCGUCUGCAACUCCUUCCUCAACAGCCACUGGGGGCAGGAGGAGGUGAACAACACCUUUCCCUUCACAGCAAAGGAGCCCUUUCAGGUUGAAAUCUACUCUGACCUGGACUAUUUCCACAUUUUCAUCAAUGAAAACAAAGUCCUGCAGUACAAGCAUCGGCAGAAGAACCUUUCAUCCAUCACCAAGCUGCAGAUUCUCAAUGAUAUUGACAUUUCCUCUGUGGAAAUCACCAAACGAGGUCUUUACUAG